GUUUAAAAACAGUUAUGAAUUCAUCAAUCUAGAGCUGAAGAGAAUGAAUACAAAAAGAAACUUGACAGCAACACAGAGUGAAAUGAUUAUUAAACAUGAGGUGUGUGAGGACAUUGAGCCGAUUGUCGUACCUGAAGUUAGAACUGUGGAUGAGGCUGCACAAAAUAUUCCGUUACCUACAUUAUCAGGUGAAAAGCCAUUCGAUUUAGUCAAAUGUGAAAAUAAUAAACACACAAAAACUGCCUUGUCAUCAGAGUUUGAUACUAACCUGGAUAAAAUGGCAUUAAAUAAUGAUAGACCACAGGACAUUCCCAGCACUUUUAUCAGACCGUCAUCAAUGACAUCUUCGUCAAUUAAAAGUUUUCAUCAAAUUAAAACAGAGAUAUUCAGUGAUUUAAACGAGCUCAAGAGUGUUUUAAAAACUCACCACCCUCCGUCAGUUAAACAUGAAUGUUUGAAAUGUCAUCAAUUGUUUUCUUCCUGGGAUUCUUUGUACAAACAUAAAAAAAUCCAUUCAAGAGUAAAACCUCACUCAGGACUGAAACCACAUGAGUGUGAUGUUUGUCACAAAAAAUUUCGCACUCGGUGUUAUUUAGCCAGUCAUAGAAACAUUCAUUCAGGAGAGAAGCCGUAUCAGUGUGAUACAUGUCACAAAAGGCUUGGUAAUACAAGUCAGGUAGCAUAUCAUAAAAAACUUCAUGCAGGAGUGAAACCACAUGAAUGUGAUGUGUGUCACAAAAAAUUUAGCUAUCAGUGUUAUUUAGCCAGUCAUAGAAACAUUCAUUCAGGAGAGAAGCCGUAUCAGUGUGCUACAUGUCACAAAAGGCUUUGUAAUAGAAGUCAGGUAGCAUAUCAUAAAAAACUUCAUGCAGGAGUGAAACCACAUGAAUGUGAUGUGUGUCACAAAAAAUUUAUUGAAAAUCGUCAAUUAGUAUCUCAUAAAAGGGUUCACACGGGAGAGAAACCAUAUGAAUGUGAUGUGUGUCACAAAACAUUUCGCUAUCAGUUGUAUUUAGACAGUCAUAGAAACAUUCAUUCAGGAGAGAAGCCGUAUCAGUGUGAUACAUGUCACAAAAGGCUUUGUAAUAGAAGUCAGGUAGCGUAUCAUAAAAAACUUCAUGCUGGAGUGAAACCACAUGAAUGUGAUGUGUGUCACAAAAAAUUUAUUGAAAAUAGCCAAUUAGUAACUCAUAAAAGGGUUCACACGGGAGAGAAACCACAUGAAUGUGAUGUGUGUCACAAAAAAUUUAAUGAAAAUCGCCAAUUAGUAAAUCAUAAAAGGAUUCACUCAGGAGAGGAACCACAGGCGUGUGAUGUGUGUCAUAGUGUGUUUUGUCAAAAGAGUGGAUUAAGAGUGCAGAAAAAAACUCAUACAAAAAAGAAACUACAUGAGUGUAGUGUGUGUCAUAAAAUGUUGGCAAGUAAAAGAAGUUUAAAAGAACAUACAGAUGCUCAUACAGGACAUGGAUAUCAAUGUGAUUUGUGUUAUCAAAUUCUUUCUAGUAAGCGUAUUUUAAACAUACAUAGAACCAAAAUUCAUCCAGAACAUUAUUCUGAAAAGAAACCAAAUAAUUGUGAUGUGUGUCCGAAAAAAGUUACUCGUAAAACUAGGUUAGUGAAGCAUAAGGAAAUUUAUUGUGAUAAACCCCAUAAAUGUGAAUUGUGUCACAAAACGUUUUAUACUUUGAUACAGUUAACAUACCACAGUAGAACUCACACAGUAAAGAAGCCACAUGAAUGUAAUGUGUGUCACAGAAAAUUUCGUUUUCUCCUUCAAUUAACUGAUCAUUAUAAAACUCAUUCACAAGUGAAAAAACACGAGUGUCAAGUUUGUAAUGAAAUAUUUUCAACUAGAAAGCUUUUAAGCAAUCAUCGUCAAACCCACCUAGAAGUUAAACGUUAUGAGUGUGAUGUUUGUAAUGAAAUAUUUUCAACUAGAAAUCGUUUAAUCAAACAUAGCCAAACCCACCCAGAGUGUGAUGUGUGUCAGAAAAAGUUUCAAUUUCAGUGGUAUUUAACUGAACAUCUUAAAACCCAUUCAGAUGAGAAACCAUUUGAGUGUGAUGUAGAUCACAAAAAAUUUGCUGCUUAAAAGAAAUUGUCACGUCAUGUUGUAAUUCACACCGGGCUGUUAUAAAACAUGAAUGUGUUGUGUUUGGAAAAACUGUAUUUCUCAUGUUGAAAAAACUUUAGCUUGUUAACUCAACCUUUCUCUUUAUCACAUCACGAAUAUACCCACUCCGUCAUUUCAAUCAAUGUUAACUAAUGUUCUGAUGUAUAUAUGUUUCAAAAGUAUUUAGAGUGAAGAGAAAUUCAUGAACUGGUUUCACGCACACAAAACAUAGUGUGAUAUAAACCAUCUGUAGUCCAGUCGCAGCAUGGAGAAGCAGGCUGCUGUAAAGAUGUGGGCCAAGCAAAAGGAAAAGGUAACUCUUGGUGGAAAUGUAGGGGUAAACCUACCCAAGUAAAGAUAGGGCUUGUAAGUCUAUGGUCUCGAAAUCUACUAGCUGCAUAGUACGAGAAAUUGUGACUUAUUUACAAGCCCUAUUGCCAAAUUACAAAAAAAAAAAAAUAUUUCACCAAGGUGUUGUGCUCCAGCUCCUAUUUUAAAAAUAUAUUUUACAUUUUUUAUAAGGGAUAUUUAUGCCUAUGUGCACACAAAGUAUUAUAUCAGUCAAAUUGUUCUUUUUAAAGAAAGUAGUUUUGAACUUAGUUGACCCCCUUAACUGCAUUAAGAAAUCAUAGACAUGUUAAAGUCUUAUAAAAUGUCAUUUCUAUUUGUACGUUAAUACUAUGAUUCGUUUUUUUUAAUAUUGAGAUUUAAUACUCAACAGAGUAUUUUUGUUCUUGGAUAUACUUGUUGUAAGCAUGUCGUGACAGAACUUUCUAGGCAAUGUGAGCUUUGCGUGUUAUAUAAAAUUUGUUUUUUUUCCAUGUCUUCCUGCAGAAUGUUUUUUUUUUCUUUUCUUCGUCUACCUCCAUAUUUGUUCUAUGGGAAUGCUUAUAUGAAAUGAUGGGUUGUUUGUUUCUUGAAUGUAUGGCCAUGUCAUUGAUACGUUCUUUAGACUUUAUUAUGUAUUUUUGGAAACUUUAAAAAAUAAUAAUAUAAACUCGUACUAGUUAUGCCAUGUGUACUUAUAUUUUCAGUGAUAAAAAAUGGUAACCAAGUUGUUUUUGGCUCUUUGAAAUUUUUUUUUGUUUAGUUAUCGAAAAUGUUUAAACAUCAAAUAGUUCGAGUUUUGAAAUAAAAAAACAACAUUUUUUUAGUUUUUUUUUAAG